GAGAGCUGUUUAACACAGCUCAGGCAGCAAUUGGUACAGGGACAGCAAACCAGGCUGCAUCUGCUCAGCCCCAGUCACAAGCUCCCUGCAUCCCCCGUGUGUGCGCGAGUGUGUGUGUGUGUGUGUGUGUGUGUGUGUGUGUGUGUGCGUGCGUGCGCUAGACACAGGCAUCCGCUCCCAGCAUCUCGCUGUCUCCUGCAUCCUCCGGCAGCAAGCACAGGGCUCUGGCUCCCCGGGUACCAGCCUCCCCGCUCCAUCCCCCGGCAGGGGUUUGCGUGCGGGGUGCGGGAUGUGGUGAGCACCCGCGGGCGGAGCGGGGGUCGUGGCCAGAGGCAGCGGGGAUGGCCACCGUGUGGACUGCUCUCUAGGGCUCGCGCUCCCCAGACGGACCCUGACCCUGGGACCAGCGCAGCAGUGGGAAUCGUCAUUGCCCCCCCGAGGACUUAGCACUGAGACCUUCCUUGCCCCUGCAGAGCCAUGGGGGUGUUGAUGUCCAGGCGUCAGACGGUGGAGAAGGUGCAGAAGGUCAGCUUGGCCGUGUCAGCCUUUAAGGACGGGCUGCGGGAGCAGCCAUCGACACGGCAGCGGGCAGAGGCGGGGGGCACGCGCCGGGGGACGCUGGAGCAGGCGGUGCAGGAGGGCGAGGAGGAGGCGUCGGCAGGACCUUCCCAGCCGGAGGAGGGCAGCGCCAGCAAGGCAGCCUGGGAGCGGCUGCGGGAUGGCCGGGGAGUGGAGCCGGAGGAGUUUGACCGAGCCAACAGGUUCACACCGCCUGCCUUCAUCCGGCCCAAGCGUGAGCUGCACGAUGACGAGCCCCCAGACAUCAGCCUGGAGCAGCGGGAGCAGGUCCUCAACGAUGAGAUGUGCGAGAUCUGCGAGGUGUGGACGGCUGAGAGCCUCUUUCCCUGCCGCGUCUGCAGCCGGGUGUACCACGACGGCUGCCUGCGCCGCAUGGGCUACCUGCAGAACGACAGCGCCGUGGAGGUGACGGAGACGGCGCACACCGAGACAGGCUGGAGCUGCUACUACUGUGACAACCUCAAUCUCCUGCUGACGGAGGAAGAGAUGUACAGCCUGAUGGAGACCCUGCAGCACUGCAAGAUCAUUCCAGAGACCUGCUUGACCCUGGACGACUUCCUGCAUUACAAGCACCUGGUGCACAAGCAGCAGUUUGAGCGGCCCAUGGCCGAGGUGCAGGAGGAGCAGGCAGCCCUGCAGUUCUCCGCCCUGGACCCCGACAAGAAGGGGCACAUCGAGUGGCAUGACUUCCUCUCCCACGAGUCCAUCCAGCUGCUGCAGAAACUACGGCCGCAGAACGCCCUGCUGCGGUUGCUGACGGCCAAGGAGCGUGAGCGGGCACGGGCGGCCUUCCUGGCCCUGGACCAGGACAGUGAUGGCUUCAUCGGGGAGGGUGAGUGCCGCCGGGCCCGGCACACCUGGUUCCGCAAGCACCAAAAGGAGACGCCAUCCUGCAAUGUCAGCAUCAGCCACGUAGGGCCCAUGUCGGAGAGCAGCCCCGCCAGCAGCAGCAGUGGCAAGAGCCAGGAAAAGACCCCACUGGCCAUGGAGCAGGAGGAAACCAGGACCAUCGACUGGCCCGGCUUCCUGCGGGAGAACGUCGCCUACAUCCUGGCCGCCCGCCCCAACAGCGCGGCCCUCCACCUGCAGCCCCCCGCCUAGCCCCCGGCACCGCCAGCUUGGGCGGUGAGGCCUCCCCCGCCACCGGGACCCGCAGACCCCAACAGGGAUGCCAUGGGGUGUGGGGGGCCUGGAACCAGUUGCCCUGACUGUCCCCCAGCCCCACAGUAUCCAGAGCCAGCCAGGACCCGUCCCCAGGGACCCCCAGUCAGAGUGGAGUUUGCCCCCAAGGAGAAGCGGGGCUUGCUCCGGUCCUGGAGCCGGGUCUGGGUGGUUGUUAUGGGGUGAGAGAGGAGCCCGGGGCAGGCAAUGGGGGCAGCCGUGGGCCCCCCAGCAUCCCAACCAUCCCCGGCAUCCCAACCACCCCCAGCAUCCCAAACACUACCUGCAUCCCAACCACUACCUGCAUCCCGAGCAUCCCAGCGUCCCAACAACCCCCAGCAUCCCAACAACCCCCAGCAUCCCGAGCAUCCCAGCAUCUCAACCACUACCUGCAUCCCAACCACCCCCGGCAUCCCAAUCAAUCCAGCAUACCAACCACCCGCAGCAUCCCAACCACCCCCGGCAUCCCAACCACCCCCGGCAUCCCAACCACCACGUACAUCCCAAUCACUCCCAGCAUCCCAACCACCCCAGCAUCCCAGCUACCCCCAGCAUCCCAACAACCCCCAGCAUCCCAACCAGUCCAGCAUCCCAACCACCCCCAGCAUCCCAACCACCCCCAGCAUCCUGCUGAGCCCCUGUGCACUGCUGGCAGCAGCACCUGGGGGGUCUGCAGCAAGCGCUGUCUCAGUUCAUCAGCAUGGUGAAUCCUCAUGGGGAGGAUGUGGCUGGCCCAAACUUAGCCUCUUCCACAUCCCUGCCCAGCUCCAACAAGGGCCAGAGCCUGGUAGGUCCAUCCUCACACCCACAGCUUGUGGCCAUGUCUGGGAGAGCGUUGCCCAGCACAGCUCAACCCUACCCUGCUGGGACAAACCACUUAACCAAAUCUCACCAACAGUGACAGUGUGGGAAGGAGCACUGGGAACAGAAAGCAUAAGGGGGUGGGAGGGCAAGCUCGGAUGCGCAGGAGUGCUGCCCUGCAUCCCUUGUCCCCUUGUGUCCCCUUGGUCCCAUGGGAUGCUUCCCCCCUACACAGCAUUCCAGUCCCACACCAGCCCUGUUCACUCCUGCUCGCUCCCCAGCACAGCAAGCAGGCAUCCCCACCCCGCUGGGUGCACCAGUGCUCGGGGCAAGGAGGAAGAGGAGGCACACCCCAGAGCCCCCCAGGGUGCCAGCUGAGGGAUGAGGCACUCGCUGGGCAGGCGUUAUGUCCAGCAGCCCUAAGGUGGAUGGAUGCGCUGAGCCCACUGGUGAAGGAGCAGGGACCCCUGGAAACCUCAACCCAUGCAUGCCAGUCGGGGGGAUGUCCAGGUCCAAGAAAGCCCCAGCAUAUGCCCCCUGCCCCUCUGACCCCCUCCCCGUGCUGCCAUCAGCCUCUCCCCACCUGGCAUGCCCUGGCUCAGCCAUGCACAGACUGGGGGCCUGCCUGCGGCAGCCCGGUUGCUCCUUCACCUCCACCCCCUGAUGCGAUGGGGGCACCAUCCCGCUCAGCUUCCCUGCCCCAGAUAGGGCACAGGUCCCUCCUCCAGGGACUCUCCCCGCUGCAAGUUUGGGAGGCAUGCCCAUGCCGUGACAUCUUCCUCUACCGCCCUGGCGCGCUUGGCCAAUGGGGAUAUUUCGGAUGCCAGGUCCGAUAUGGGGCCAAAGCCAUGGCCAUGGCGGGGAGGCGGCUGUGGGUGCAUGGGUCGCAACACCCGCUCUGUACUGAGAAGUGUCCAUUAAACAGCUGUGUCCAACUA